CUUCCUUCCGACAGCGUGGGUAAUUCACCUUGUCAAUCCCUUUGCGCCUGGCUAUAUACACCUUCAGAGGAUAAUGCUAUCUGGACGAAAAUCAGGAUCGCUAUGCCCUCAGACCCGGCAGCCAUGUUGGACUACAUGUUCAAGCUUCACACUGUGGUGUAUAUCGAAUACUCCAGUUUAGCCGUCCUGCUUUUUGACUACAUGUUGACCUUCGGUCGGGAGGUUAACUACGUCUGGUUUAAAUCGCCUUGGAACUUCGGAAGAAUGCUUUACUUCUUGACGCGAUAUCUGCCCUUCGGAGGAGUUUUCCUGACAUUUCUUGUCGAUGUUCUACGAAACGCGUCGUUAUCGACGUGUAAGAUCUUAACGCAGGCUGCUGUUUAUUCCACUGUUGCCGAUGUCAUAAUCGCUGAAAUUGUACUGACCAUGAGGGUAUGGGCAAUCUGGUCACGAAGUCGUUUCGUUUGUUUUGGCUUGACUGCGAUAGCACUCGCACUGGCCUCUCUGUGUGUCGCCACAGUAGCCCGAGUGCCAGUUCAGGAAGACACUUUUGGUACCGACUUGCAUUCAGCAUACGGGGUGUGUCCCCCGUACUUCGCCAAUUCUAGUGCUAUUACUACUUGUUGGGUGGUUCUGGUGGCAUAUGAAUCUGUAUUAUUGAUCUUGACACUGGCGAAGGCGAUCGACUUGUACCGUCAUCGUACUGGCGGUACCUCAAGCCUUAUUAACAUCUUCUUCGUGGAUGGACUCUCCUACAAUGGCUUUAUAUUGGCAAGCUCGACUGCAAAUAUUAUCGUUAGAUACAAAACCACCCCCAGUGAAUACAUAAACCUCCUUACAUCAUUACAACCAGUGGUUCAUUCUGUACUCACUUCACGGAUGAUGCUCCAUCUAAAGCAAGACGCUGUUAAGUCUAGUGAAAGCAAUCAUCUACCUUCGACGCAGUUGCAAUUUGCAGCUCGCCCUGGACAGCCUCCCACAGAGUCCUCCCUAGACCAUGCAAGGUCAUGGUUUGGAGAAGCUCUACAACACCCUUUGGGACUGGAGUCGGAACAGGAAGAUUAGAAAAUUUCACGGACGAUACUUCAUUGUACACCUGUAAUCAUAGCGAACUAUAGAGAGCAAACUUGAAUUGUAGUUGAUGGAGC